ACAGCUAACUUUCAGUAUGGUGACUGUUCAGGCCUUCCUGGGGUUUUCCCUCUGUGCUUUGCUGAUUCUGCAUACACAUGGUUUUCCAUCUAAAGGCUCCAAAUCCCAUGGCCAGAGCAGUAGUCACCAAGGAGAUGACUUUGGUCCUCAACAGGGAUCAGCCGCUGGUCGCUAUGCACCCUUGUACAGUACUUCUACUCAAGAGGGAUUCCCUCCUGGUGCUUUUGUAUCUUUUCAAGCAGCAUACCCAGCUGGAACUCUUCCAGCAGGAUAUGAAGCUGGAGGUCCUGGGUCCAGUCUACCAGAAACCAAGUGGACCGUUGCUCCUAAUAUCUUCUCUGAGGAAGGCUUGGCCAACACCAAGACUCCUGCUGACUCCAGCAUGCUGCUCCCACAAAACCCUGCACCAUCAGGACCAGUCCUCCAGUCUGGGGAGACUUCAAAUGUUAUGAAGGAAGCUGAACUUGGGAACUACCAGCAUGAAACAGAAAAAUUUGGCUACCCAGCUGCCAGCAUGGGGCCUGGACAAGGACUUCCUGGUUACCCUAUGCCUUAUGGUGGAGUCUUCUGGGGUAGCCCUUAUCUCUACCCAGCCUCUCCAUACUUUGACUACAGGCUCCUGUAUGGCUUGUACCCUACUGGCACCUACACCACCUUCAGCAAGAACCAUGAGAAGGGCAAUGACUACUACCAGAGCAUCCACUACCUGAAGGAGCAUGUUCCUGACACUUCAUCCACUCCUGAUUAUGGGCAGCAAGAGAAAAUCUUCCCAAAGCCACCAAAGAAAGCAAGAAGUUGAGUCAAGUAUUCUCUGAAAACUCUGUGCCAACCUAGUACAAAUAUCUGUCCUUGAAAUUAAACCAUAUUUUAAGUGA